GCAAAUACCGAGUAUGGUGGAGACUUUCUGAAGUUAGAUCAAACCGAAUAACUGCGGGAAAAAAAGGAUUCAGAAAACUGCUGUUUAGAUCUGACCUCUCCUCUGAUAACAUGGGCGGAGUGUGCGUGUCUUAUUCAUGGACUUGCAGACCGAUGUGGCCACUUUUCAUUAUUCUGGCGACAAUGCCCUGCAUGCUGCACAGCUCCGAGAGCCCUGCAGCUGUGAUGGGCAAAAUGUAUCCACGAGGCAACCACUGGGCAGUAGGUCAUUUGAUGGGAAAGAAGAGCAUCGAGCCGCUGCAGGAGUCAGAGGGUGAGCGUGUCUACCUCUCUCCCUCAGAAGCAGCAGGGGUCACAGAGCGCCUGUUGGAGGCUCUGAUGCAGCGAAAGGAACAGAAACCUGCAGACCGGCUGCUCCUGCUGCACAGCGGCUGGAGACAAGAGGAAAGAGACAAAUAUCUCAGAGAGAUGUCAAACCUGCUUCUUCUGGCUUUGAAACUGCGAGACAAUGGUUCCACCUGAAUGCAAGACGACUUCCCUCAAGUCAUCACAAAAUACAAACUUGUGCCCUGUAGUCACAUAUUCAUUUAAAGUGUAUAUUUUCUUCUGCUAUUAGAGUACGCUGGAAACCAUAUACAUGUUUGUUUUCAUUAAUUUAAAAUAUUUUAAUAUGCACAUCAUG